AUGUUUGAAUGGGCUUAUAGUGGUGCAAAUAAAGCAGUGCCGAGAAAUGUGGGCCCCGAAUGUGCAUAUUUUUUAUCUCUGCAAAGACAAAUAAUUGAAACUAUUAUAGUAACAACGAUUUGUGUGUAUAUAUUAGUCAAGAUCUACCCUAAGUUGGAAAUAACUGAGGAAAAAAAUUAUUUUAGAAGUGAUAGAGGAGGUAAAAGGUUAUUAGUUAUUCUUUUAGCAUUAUUAUGGGGAAUGGAAAUUGGUUUCAAAUUUGCAUCACGGACUGUUAUUUAUUUAUUGAAUCCUUGCCAUGUUACUACAUUAAUACAGAUUUAUUUACUUGCUGCUCCGCCCAGUAAGACAGUAACUACUUUAUUUCGUAUACAUUUGAAUUUAUUAAAUGGACCACUUUUAGCAUUCCUUUUUCCAGAAACAGCUUCAAGAACGAUUUUUGCAGAAGCUGCAUUGUACUGGAUACAACACGGAAUGAUGUUUGUGAUACCAUAUUAUUUAUUGAGAAUUGGAGGUGUUUAUAACGUAGAACCGUUUUGGGACUUCAAUUGGGCUAUCUUCAGUUACAGUCUGAAUCUACUAUAUCACUUUAUUGUGUUGCAAAUUAUUGCCAUUCCCGCACAAGUUAACUUGAAUCAUAUGCUAUGCCCUGCCAUUUUGGAUCCAUUCGACGGCCCAUGGUAUCGCAUAGCGGCAGUAUUACAUCAAGCUAUACUUUGCCCCUUACUGUGUAAGCUAUUUUGCCUUAUUGCUGACUUUUUUCUGACGAAAUUUCCACCUACAAAAGUAAAGCCCCAAUUGCGAGACCACUUGCAUGACACGAAGCCAAAACAUUUAAACGACUAA